AAGCCUAAUACUGAAGGGUGUGUGUGUUUAUAUGUACGUCCUGCAUCCGGUCUGCGGUCGCGAGCUGCAGCUGCAGACGUGGGUUUGAGGGUCCUACACGUUUCAAGGAAGAAAUAUUUGACAGAUGAGAGAUAUCUUUCGAGGGCCGCUUCCCUCAUCCGCCACCCCUACCACCUCCCCCUUGCAAGACGAGUACGAUGUAAUAAUUUAUAUCCGCCUGAGAGAUCAGUCCACACGUUUCCGGCGGCGAAGCAGCUGUAAACAACACGAGGUCACUUGCUUUAUGUAUGUCACCUUUGUCGACCGAAAACGAGGCUGUGACGUCAUCAGUAGAGGUUCGGAUCGGCCUGACUGAACUAAUGUCAAGUUUGUAUAACUCGCCUGCGACUUGAACAGCUGAGCCAGGUCUGACGAGGAGAGGAAAGCUGUGGGAGCUUUUGCUGAGCUAAUGAUGAAGCUCGAACAAUCCUGGCAAAUGACGGGUCAAUAAGGUUUACCUUUCUCUCGGCGUGACCCCCGAGUGCCAGCGUCACGUGACUAGGAGGGCGAAUAAGAAAAGUCUCAGCAGCCAAGUGAGAAUAAGUCACGAUCGGCUAUUCACAGAUGAGGUCGUCUGCGUUCAGAUUGUCUAACAGACAAUGAGCUGCACUGAAGAGCAAACUGUGAGAAUGUCAGGUAUUUCAGAACAUAAUGGACAAAACUUGACUACUUCUGCCACGCCCUCUACACCAGUUUCACAUGCCUCUCCACAGACUCCACUGGAGAAAAAGACACAAGACUUUGAUGUCCCCCAUGAAGAAUCAUCUUCUAAGGUCACUCCUCCUCGGCAUCGGACAAGGAAAAAUACUGACAGAGACCUUGCUGCUGUCGCACGAGAAAUCGCCCAAAACAGAAAUGUGUAUCUCGGCCAAGAUGGAAAACCCACACGUGUUGACUUUGAGGAAGGUCACACUGUGUUGGGCAAAAGUAAAGAAUCAGGAGCUAAAACAGGAGGGCAAAUGUAUUUGUGUUCUGACAUGGGCUUCAACAUGUAUGACAAUUACAACACCUACACUAGCAUGCAUAGCAGGGACAGCUCAGAAGGGAUUCUCUGCCCUUCGUUCCCCGCAGGUGUCAUUCGUUUUGUGUUAGAAGGGGGUGAGGACCAAAAGGACCGAUAUUAUGUAUCGGUACCAAAGGAUGCCAGCAUGGAUGAUGUAGCACGUUUCAUGGCCUCUGCUUGGCGGAGACGAACACCUAAGCUUGUCCUCACAGUCAUUAAUAGCUCACGUUACUUUCAACCUUGGACAAAAGAAAAAUUUGCUGAAGAGUUUCAGGCAGGCAUUAUCCAGGCAGCAAACCUAACAGAAAUGUGGAUAUUAACAGAAGGUCUUGAUCUGGGAGUCUCCAAACUAAUUGGAGAUGCUGCUUUUGUUGAAAUGACAAGGCGAAAGAACAUGGAGCUAAAUCCAUUGCACAUAAAAAAUAUCAAUGCAGAGCGCUUGCCUCGCCUUAACAUCAUGGGAGUGGUAUCUAAGAGCUGCAUUGUCUAUGCAGACAUUUUGAAUGGCUCACAUACUGCAGCUUACAGUGUACAGAAUGUAGGAGGUAAGCCUAACCUGCAGCUGUUUGAAUUGAAUCCAGACCACACUCACUUUGUUCUUGUGGAAGAUGAUCUUGUUCCUGACUCAGAGGCCUUAACCAACUUCCGUUUUGCCUUGGAGAUGCGUUUUACCAAGCCUGUGGGCAGGCCUCGGAGAUAUUGUCAGAAUUUUACCACUUUGUUGGGUAGUGAAACCAACAUCUCAACGCAUGAUGUGGAUCCUGUGGUUACACCAGUCAUUGGCCUCCUUGUGCAAGGUGGGCCAUCAGAUAUUGACCACACGCUUGGUCUGCUCAAGAAGAAAAUUCCUGUAGUGGUUAUACGUGGCAGUGGGUUAGCUGCAGAUCUCGUAUCAUUUGCAUAUCAGGAGAUGGAAGAGAGAGGAGAUGCAGAAUACCUGGAUACUUACAUCAAACCAGAGUUGGUACGGCGAGUUUCAGAAGCUUUUCCUCAAGACUUUGUCAACAACGAAAUUGCACGCAAUCAGUGCAGGGACAAAAUUAUUGAAUGUGUCAGAUAUGCUCAUCAGGAUAACCUGACGUUCCUGACAAUUAUCAAUACCUUUCAUCAUGAUGUGCGACUCAAUGACCUCAGCAAAUACCUUCUCAUGGCUCUUUUUAAGUCUCAGUUGCGAAAAAAGGGUCGCCAAUGGAAAGAACAGCUUCAGUGGGAUCUGCAAUUGACACUUGACUGGAACCGACCAGACUUGGCACAUUCUGAGAUAUUCAACCGGUAUAAUCUUGAGAAAUUCAGGGUAGGAGAUCAUAUAUUCCAUCAAGCUCUGAUUCGGCCUAACAGAGAAGCCUUUGUUGAACUUUUUCUUGAUAGAGGAAUGGAAGUGCACAUGUAUCUAAACCACAAACGUUUGCACAAUCUUUUUGAAAAUGCAAUUGACAAAGAUUUCUUCAUUGGCGUGUGCAUAGAGACUGUGCUUGGAAAGACUGUGGUUGGAAACACUGGUCUGAGCAAUGACUUCAUUGGUGAUGUUAAUUGUGAUCUCAACCGGUUGCUAUACAAGUGCACAGGCUUGCAAAAGCUGGUCAACCCUUAUGAGUUGUCCAUGAAUUCUUUGGGCUCCUAUGUCACAAAUCGUGCUGUUGCUGAGAGAAGGGCAAUCAACACACUGGUGCUUUGGGCAGCAUUGACCAAUCGGCCAGAACUAGCCAAAGUCUUGUGGAAGCGAACUGAAGAUCCCAUGGCCAUGGCACUCAUUGUUAGCAUGAUCUUGCACCGCCUUGGUUCCAGGUGGUGCAAAGACCUUGAUCUGAGGCAACGGAUUAAGGAGAGUGCUGCAAAAUUUGGCAAAAUGGCUGUUGAGAUGCUAAAGCUGACCUAUGCAGAAUCAAGUACCUUUGCCUUCUCUGCUCUAAGCAAAUGUCUAGAUGACUUUAACAAUCGAACUGUGGUUGAGUUAGCCAAGAUGAGUGAAAACAAAUACUUCAUUGCUCAUCCAUGCUGCCAGAAGUGGCUGGCUCAGCGAUGGCUGGGAAACAUCCAUGUCCGCGAGCUUGACUGGGGCUACUUCAAGUUGCCAGAUUUUAUCAAGAUCUACUUGAGUGUGUUCUUGAUCUUUCCCAUGUUCUUGUGGAUCACCUUUGUGCCAACAGACGGCGAUAAGAAUGUCAUUAUUGAAGAAGAUGAAGAUGAAGUGAUAGAUGAAGCAGCUGAAAAUUCUAUGCUACUCCGUAUCACUUCUGUGGAAGACAAACUGCAUUAUUCUGGGAAGAAUCGAAAACGCAAGAAAAAAGGCGGUCUCACAGUGACCAUUAAAAAUGCUCUGUCUAGUGGCAAUGGUUCAUAUCGACUUCCUUUCUGGAAACAGAUCUACUACCUCUGGGCUGCUCCAAUCACCAAGUUUUGGCUGAAUUUGAUGUUCUCCAUUGCGUACUUGGCACUAUUUAGCAUUGCUCUUAUGAUGCCUGCCUGUGGUUCUGUGGUUCUGAAUUCCAUUGUCUUUGUCUGGACUCUGACAAUCUGGGUUGAGCUGACUCGGCGUACUUUUGUCAAGAAAAGACGCUACCCUGAAGUGCGUAUCAAGUGGCACUGCAUAGAGAUCAUUGGUAUUUUGUUGUUCAUCCUCACUUUCCUUGCUGUCCGCAUCCUGCCUCACUUUGUGGAAUAUGUGACCUACAUGACUAGCAAAUUCUUCAUGAGCCUGGGGCUCCUAUUCUUCUAUUACCGAACUAUGGGGACUUACAUUCCAAUCAGCCCAACUCUGGGACCAGCCAUCGUCAGUGUUAUUGCCAUGACCAAAAAAGAUUUUUAUAACUGGAUGCGACUGUACCUAAUGGUGCUAGUGUCAGGAGCUAUAACAAUACAUGCAGUCAUCUAUCCUAGUGCUCCAAUUGCUGAGGAGUCUAUUCGUGCUGCCCUUCAACGUGCUAUUUUUGGCCUUUUUCUGACAAAGAUUGAUGAUUUAGAUGGGUUUUUUGUAAAUUUUAUUUUAAAAUUGCAGGUCAGCCCUGUUCAAAAGCUGUACCAUGAAGAAGGUGUUGGGUAUUGCAAAGCAGACAGCGUACUAACUGCAUCUCAGCUGAAAACCCUAGAAACUUGUCCCCAUGGUAGCUGGGCAAACUAUGUCAUGGUUGUGCAGUAUCUCUUCAAUGUGAAGCUCAUCUUUGUCACCAUUCUCUAUGCUAUGUUUUCUUCAACAAUGGGAAAGGUUCAGAAGGAGUCCAUCGAGAUUUGGAAAUACCAGCGCUACAUGAUGGUGGUGGACUUUGAAGAACGGCUUAUCCUUCCUACUCCCCUCACCUUACUUACUUACAUUAUGUAUGUCAUCAAGUGGACUUGCCAACUUAUCUGGAUGGCCAUUCGCAGAAUGCUGAACCUCUGUCGCUGCUGUCGUAAAAAGCCUGACUAUGCAUUUCUAAAAGGAAAGGGAUCUUGGCGAAACAAGGAUGCUGGUUCAAAAAUUCAGAUCGUGAAGUUCCGACGGACACAGGACUACAACUACUGGAAGAGCUGCAUUGAGCGCUUUGUGGAAAAUGAGAAAGCUGUUGAGAAAGAAGAAAAUCGGGCCAAAGCACAGAGUGAGAGUCUGGACCAGUUAUUGGAGGAGGUUAGACAGCAUCGGGCCCUAGGCCGUCAGCUGAAUGACCGCAUCAUUCAGAUGGAGACUAACUUCACUAACAGUUGUCUGCUUCUAGAGGAAAUGAAACACAUGAUAGAGCGUCUCAAUCCCAAAACACAGGUUUUACCUCAAGAGCCACAGAAACUGCUUCAUAUUUCUGCUCGACAGUCCCCAUAUCCUGGAACACGCAUUAGACGUUUUCCUGUCUUUGACAAAUAUGUACUUUGGGAGGUUGUGUACGAUUCAUAUGACCCAGCUGUCUACACAAAGCCAGUUUCUGAAUUCCCUGAAAGGAUACAAAUAUUUGUUGACCCUGAUAUUCUGCAACUCAGACAACAGUUAGACGAACGGCAAAAAUUGCCUGCUGAGGAGGCAGAGCUGUUACCUUCUCUGCCAGAAUUUCAUCCCCUGCACAAUGCUUUGACUUCUACAGUCAUAAAUGACAUUAACAUAGAGGUUGACAGGACAUCAUGGAUUGCUGUAGACAACCAUCCUCUGCGAUACAAGCUUGAUGCCACAGAUCUCCCUCAAAACCCACUAGGAAGGACUGGCCUUCGUGGUCGUGGUAAGCUUUGGCGAUGGGGACCAAACCACAGCAUUUCAGCAGUUGUUACCCGCUGGCGGCGAAAAUACUCUCCCUUGGGGCGACCCUUGGAUCCACUUCUUGUUGAGGGAAAACGUGUUCUUGAGUUCAUAAUUGUCCAGCGGCCAGACACAGGAGAAAUGACAUUACCUGGGGGCAAUGUUUAUGGCAAAACAACGGCCUAUAGUGUGAUGUGUGAACAGUUUCUUAAGGGUGUGUUUCAAGAAGAGGAAGUUGAAGGCAGCCUUAAGCUGGAUCAGGAGGACAUGGUCAAUUUCUUUGCCCAGUUUGCUCGAUCUUCAAGCUCACUGACCUUCACAGACAGCCGGAUGGACAUGGCAGCUUGUGGAUUUUCAGCCUCCAUUAUAUAUCGUGGCUAUAUUGAUGAUAUAGCCAAUACUGACAAUGCUUGGCGUGAGGCAGAGGUGUGGAACUUCCAUUAUGAGCUGUGUGACAUGUUUGAUGAUAAGAUCAAAGAGAGAGAGAAAGUGUGGCGUGAAGUGUCACCAUACAUGCGUCUCUAUGGCAAUCAGGAUUCCAUUGUUCUGAAAGCUGCCCACAUUCAUAAUGCUUACCUGUGAUCCAGUCAGAGAGAAAAACUCAAGACACAAACAGCUGUUUACAGAUUUUGGAGUGGUAGCAAAGCAAAUGUUUAUCGCUUUUUGUAGUUGUUGUUUUUUUUUGGGUUUUUUUUUGUUUUGAAAAGUGUUGCACAUUUUGGAAAAGAACAAUGAACCAUGGAAGAUUUGGUGAAAUUUUUUAUUUUACUCAAUGCGAUCUUGAGUCCUUAUCCUAGUUUGUUGGAUUAUAAUCCAACAGACUGGAUGAAAACAGAAAAUUGCUGCUGAAGAUGAAUUUGAAUUCAGUUUCUCAUUUCAGGUUGUCUUCCACCCAUGGAUUGCUUAUUUAACAGGGUAUUGUUUGAAUAGUCUCCAGCAUAUCAAGUGCUUGAAAUCUUCUAAUUGUAAGAGUCUCUGUUUAAAUAAGCAAUAUUUCAAGAUUGCUACUAAAAAAAACUUUUCUCCACAAAAUCUUGCAUUUAUUCUUUGCUUCAUAAUACUAACGGAUGAUUAACUUCAUGGUAGUUAGGUGGCCAAAAUCUCAAUCUGUGGUCUGUUUGCUGAUCUACUCCCGUGAAAACAUUUAAAGAAUUUCUAUGCACUUUUGUUAUUUUAAAAAUAAUUGUGUCAUAGUCAAACUUCAGAAAACUUGCUUAGGUCCUAACUUUUCAAUUCUAGGCUUGUCCUGGCAAUGACUCUACAAUGAUUAGAUGACCUAUGUUCUAGUUCAUCAAAUGUGCUAUGAGUAUUAUGGUACUUGUGUAACAUACUGCAAAACAUUCCAUUUAAUAUGUGUAUGGAGGUAAUAUUUAUGACUGUACCUACCUCUGCCGUCAGUGUGUUCAUCUAGUCAAAUAGGUAGUUUGGGAUGAUGAAGCUUUUUUGUUUGCAUCUAGCUAAUUACUGUCAAUGUAGAGGGUGAAUGCUAGUGAAAUGAUAGAUUGUAAAAUGUUUAAUCUGUAGAAGUCAGUACAGUUUACAUGGACUGAGAACUUUUAAUGGUGUGGGUUUCUAAUGACCAUUAUUUUUACUUUAAAAUUUAAUAUUAGGUUAACACAAGCAACACUUGAUGAAAUAAAACUGUGCAUAUUUUCCCCCAUUUAUUGCAUCUUUUCAUUUUAGCUGGACAGUCAUUUGAAACUACAAAAAUUUUUCUAGAUGCACAUCUCCAGUUCAUUAUUGUGACAUAUGAGUCAUUACAUGAAAUUAACCUGAUACUGGAAACAUGGUAUUCGAAGAAAAUACAACUUGCCACCUCAAAAAUAACCACACCAUUAUCGUGUUUAUCUGCAAUUUUCCUAUUUCACUAAUUAUUGCAAAGGGCGUGGACUAAACCUGUUAUCAGAUAUUAAAUCUGUGUGCAUUUUAAGGUGAGAUUUUAGGGGGGAGCACAUGGCUUGCUUAUGCUAAUAUAUGAAUGUGUAUUCACCCCUCAUACACAUACCAACAUUUUUUUUUUCCUCGUACAUUUUUCUAAAUUUCAAAAAGAUUUUCUAAAAAGGCAUUGUUGUGUUCUGUGAAAUCACUGGGGUAAAUUUGUAGACAUAUAGUCUUAAAAUUACUUAAAUAAAGAUUUCAUUUAUUAUAAAUUUGACAUCUGUUUCGAUGAUCGGUACCAUCAUAGAACUAUCUUAAAAGGCAUAACUUCUCAUUUUUCAGUGGUCUGUUUUAAAACUUCUUCUGUACCUGUUUUGAAUAUUGUAAAAUGCCUUGUGAUAUUCCUUGCAAUUUUUUUUUUAAGAGUAUCUGUUGAUUGCAAAGAGAAAGUCGUAUUCUAAAAUUUUUUUAAUUACUUCCAGAGGACUUCAGACUUUGUUUUAAGAAUUCCCAUGUGUUCUUGAAGAAGAUAAUGUGGGACUUUGCUUUUGUGUUCACUUUGUGCUUCAGUCUAUCAUUCAGAAUCUUGGUGAACAAAGAAGCAUAUCAUCGAAACUGAGCAAGAUAAAUUUACAUCCAUUUUCAUUAAAAAUAUAUUACAUGGCUAUUUUUCUGCGAUUGCAUUUAUUCAGUGGAUCAUUAUUAUGGCUUAGGUUUGUUAGGGAAGUUUUCCUUUGUAUUGAGUGGAGAAAGCUACUUAGAAAAGAGUGAAGUUUUUUAUGUCUUUUUUAUUUUAUGAGAAAUAAAUGAUGAGGUUUAUUA